UCUGACAUACUUCAGUCCAGGACUGGAUCUCGGGACAUUAUUGCCCACUCUUCGUCAAAGCUGACCAGAGCCACUUGCCUCCAGGGCUCCUUCUGCCAUUAUUCUGACCCUAGGUCACACUCACACCACCCAAACCAUGAUUCUACUCUUCUUCAUGUUACUUGCCACAGGCACUGGACUUGGCUUGUCAGACCUCCCUCAUGGCAUGCGCCUAGUGGGAGGCCCUAACCCUUGUGAAGGUCGGGUGGAGUUGUGGAAGAAUGGACAAUGGGGCACUGUAUGUGAUGACUAUUGGACGAAAAAAACAAUGGCUAUAGUGUGCCAGGAGCUGCAAUGUGGACCAGGUGUGGCAUCACCAGCUGGCAGAGUCUAUUCACCAAAAGCCCAGGAAGACCAGCCCAUUUGGAACCUGAACUGCCAAGGGACAGAAGCGAAACUGGCAGAAUGUGAAGAAGAUAUAUAUGUAGAAUGCAAUGAUCAUGAUGAAGAUGUAGGUGUAAUCUGUGAAGAAAUUCUAAAUUUAGAUGACUUCCGGCUGGUUGAUGGUCCUAGUCACUGCAUUGGCCGAGUGGAGGUGAAGCAUGUUGGGAAGUGGGAUACCGUGUGCAAUGCAGGCUGGACUUUCCAGGAUGCCGAGGUGCUGUGUCAGGAGCUAGGCUGUGGAAGAUCCAUUCUGACAAAAGGUUCUUAUAGUAAGGAUGAACAAGGAACAGGUGACAUCUGGCCAGGUCAAGUGGAAUGCCAAGGGUCAGAACCAUCCCUGAGUCACUGUGCAGUUGUACUAAUGGAGAAGAACAACUGUUCUCAUCAGGAUGAUACCUGGGUCCACUGUGAAGAAAUUCUAAAUUUGGAUGACUUCCGGCUGGUUGAUGGCCCUAGUCACUGCAUUGGCCGAGUGGAGGUGAAGCAUGCUGGGAAGUGGGAUAGCGUGUGCAAUGCAGGCUGGACCUUCCAGAAUGCCAAGGUGCUGUGUCAGGAGCUAGGCUGUGGAAGAUCCAUUCUGACGAAAGGUUCUUGUGCCAAGGAUCAACAGGGCACAGGGGACAUCUGGCCAGGUCAAGUGGAAUGCCAAGGGUCAGAACCAUCCCUGAGUCACUGUGCAGUUGUACUAAUGGAGAAGAACAACUGUUCUCAUCAGGAUGAUACCUGGGUCCACUGUGAAGAACGCUUUGCCUUGAGGCUGGUGGAUGGAAGACACAAGUGUUCAGGUCGCCUGGAGGUGCUCCACAAAGGCAUUUGGGGCUCUGUUUGCAAUGAUGGCUGGGGAGAAAAGGAGGAUCAGGUGGUUUGCCAGGAGGUGAACUGUGGCAAGGCUGUCUUCCAGAAGCCCCGAGACAGGGUGCGUUUUGGCCAUGGGAAAGGCUACAUCUGGUUGGAUGACGUCCGCUGCAAGGGGAAGGAGACGUCCUUGGAACAAUGUAAACACCGUUUCUGGGGCUACCAUGACUGCACCCACCGGGAGGAUGUGUCUGUAAUAUGUUCUGAAAAAUAACAGGACCCUUCUUUGGAACCCAGAGCCGGCCCAAUCCCAGGAACGUCUCCUGCCAGGCUCAUGGAUUCCAAUCUCUCCCAUGGCUUCUGAUGGACCAGAAGGCUUUAUCUGCUUCUCCCUCACUUCUACCAAGGAGUCUUUCAGCCACAUAAUCUGCUACUGUGAGAUUAACCCUUUCAUUUCUUCCUGAAGUCAUAAUGUGUGAGGACAGAGGAAGGACAAACCUUCUGGGGAGCCGAGUUUCUGACUUUUCUAGGCUCCCCCUCUGACUGCAGACCCCUUGGCAUGGGCUCUCUAACUUUCCUUCUCUCUUUUCAACCCACUUGGGAUCCUCCAGUUCUGACUUCCUGGUACUUUUCCCUGCUGAGUUGUAAGAACAAGACUUGCGUAUGUGAAUUAAUAAAAGCAUCAAAGGAAA